ACGUAAACUAGUUCUUCUUCACUUCAACAAUGGAAUCAAAACUAAAAGCAUUAAAGGUCACAGAAUUAAAAGAAAUACUUCAGAAGGCUUCAAUUCCACCAGGAAAUGCAAAAAAGCAAGAUCUCAUAAACAAAAUCAUCGCAAACCCAUCUGCUAUUGAAGUAUUUCACACUCUACAUCCCGGAAAGAAACCAGUUCCUGCUGACGAUGACCUGCUCGCCCCUCCAGAAGAAAUCGACUGGGCAGUCGAAGAGGCCAUUCCAGUAGUCCCCCCCUCUCCUCCUAAACAAGCUCCCGCCUCUCCCCCAAAACCUAAGCAGCCACUCUCACCUCCUGUUCCAGUCGCGGAACCACCUGCACCUGCACCUGCAGAUGAAGAAUCCGAGAAGCGCAAAGCUCGUGCAGCUCGCUUCGGUACAACCUUAGUUGACCCUAAACAACCCAGUCCGCAACAGCCAAAAAAGGUCAAGGUACCUUCUGGCGAGGACGCCGACAAACUAAAGGCGCGGGCAGAGCGGUUCGGGAUGACCACUUCAGUCACAAAGACUAGCGGAAAGCGUGUAGCACCUAUCGAACAAGUUGAUCCCGAGGAGCAGGAGCGUAGGAGGAAGCGUGCAGAACGGUUUGGCUUGCCACUAUCCGACAAGGCAUAGAGUGUUUAUUCUUGACGGUACAGCUUCUAUUUAUCCUCAUCGUGUUGUUCAUAUGUAUACGCACAUAUCAUUUUGAGUGUACCAUGUAAAUCCUUAAAGCUGUAUUCUCGAAAACUGUGAUUU